UCAUGAGAGACUUACCUAUUUGACUUUUUUGUGCCCUUUUAAGACGUGUUUGUUGUUCGUGUAACUGUUUGAACAGGAAAAGAAAACAUUCUUUUUUUUUUUCAACUUUCAUUCCACAUCUGAAAAACGACGUUGCUCAGUAAGUACGAAUGGUUCAGCCUAAAUGAAUGCACUUCCAAACAUCCUCGACCAACCAGCGAGCACCAUAUUUUCUUACACUCCUUGAACCUCUCACCCGACGCGUGCGAAACCGGCGCGCGCGCGUACAUGCACGGCAGACGCGCUCGUAAAGCGGUGGCCAAUCAGGAGGCUGCAGUCUAUCCCAGCUCAGUAAAAGGCCGGCGCGCGAGGGAGCGCGCCUCUGUGGAGAGAGUCGCUGAAGAGGGAGACAGAGGGUGAGAGACAGAGACACAGAGAGAGAGAGAGAGAGAGAGACAGAGAGAGAGAGAGACAGAGAGAGAGACUGGGAGCUUCUGUUUUUGGAGAUGACCGAUACUUCACACAACUUUGCCAUCACUUCAUCGCACUUGGACCGCUGAAGAGGAGACGUAGCGAGCCGCUGUCCGCGUUUUUACGCACCUGUCCGAACACCGCCGGCUCCACUGAGGGAUUGCGCCGCGCUGCACACACGCACACGCACACGCACAUACACUCUCUCCGUGGACAUCCCGUUCCGUUCCGUUCCGGUCGCCAUGUCCUCCGGUGGUACCCAGGGGCAGAGUCGGCGGGUCAGCGUGCUGUCUUGGGAUCAGGUGCAGCGGUUGGACUCCAUCCUGGGGGAGAGCGUCCCGAUCCACGGCCGUGGAAACUUCCCCACGCUGUCCGUGCAGCCCCGGCAGAUCGUCCAGGUGGUCAGGGCCCGACUGGAGGAGCGGGGCGUGGUGGUGUGCGACGUCAAGCUGAACGGCUCAGCGGCCAGCCACGUGCUUCACCAGGACAAUGGCCUUGGCUACAAAGACCUGGACCUGAUCUUCGGCCUGACUCUCACCGAUGACAACACCUUCCGGGUGGUGAUGGACGUGGUUCUGGACUGCCUGGUGGACUUCUUGCCUGAAGGGGUGUGCAGGGAUCGAAUCACCCCCCUCGCCCUGAAGGAAGCGUACGUGCAGAAACUGGUGAAAGUUUGCAAGGAGACGGACCGGUGGAGCCUCAUCUCGCUGUCCAACAACACCGGCAAGAACGUGGAACUGAAGUUCGUGGACUCCCUCAGAAGGCAGUUUGAGUUCAGCGUCGACUCCUUCCAGAUCACUCUGGACUCCCUGCUGCUCUUCGACCGCUGCUCGGAGACGGCCAUGUCCGAGGCCUUCCACCCUACGGUGCAGGGCGAGAGCAUGUACGGGGACUUCGAAGAAGCUCUGGGUCACCUCCGCUCCAGAACUAUUGCCACCCGCAACCCGGAGGAGAUCCGCGGCGGCGGGCUGCUCAAGUACUGCCACCUGCUGGCGCGAGGCUUCCGGCCGUCCUCCGAGACUCAGAUGAAGCAGAUGCAGCGCUACAUGUGCUCGCGCUUCUUCAUCGACUUCCCCGACAUAAACGUGCAGCAGAGGAAACUGGAGGCGUACCUGCAGAACCACUUUGCGGGCAUGGAGCACAAGCGCUACGAGUGCCUGGUCACGCUGAGGCGGGUGGUGGACGAGAGCACCGUGUGCCUGAUGGGCCACGAGCGCCGGCAAACGCUGGCGCUGAUCUCCGCCCUGGCGCUGCGCGUGAUGGCCGAGCAGAACGCUAUCCCCGCCCUGUCCAACAUCACCUGCUACUACCAGCCGGCUCCCUACGUCAGAGACGUCAACUUCAGCAACUACUACGUGGCGCAGGUUCAGUCCCACCUGGCCACGUGGAACUCGUAUCAGACGUGGCUGCCUUGCAGUUGAGCGGUGGACGUUUCGGGAUGGGAUGAGAACUUUCUCGUUUAACUUUACGUUUAUGAAAGCGGAGCAUUCAUCGGAGCCCGCUGUGCCUCUGUAGCAAUGUGGCUUUUUCUUGGUUUGGGGCCAAUCAUUAAAAAAACAAAGAAAAAAGAAAUUAUUCAGUCUUUUUUUUUUUGCCAAAUCUUAUUUCAAAACCAUUCCACUAAGUUAUAUUGAUUAAUACUGCUGUAGACGUAAAUCUAAUUUGAGCCAUUAUAACUUUUUAUUCUUAUGUUGUGCCAUAACUAAUGUGGACAUGUAUGGAAAAAUAUGAAGGGUUAAUAUGUGACGGAGGUCUGUUUCUUACCUCUUACCUUGCAUUGGGUCUUAAAUGAUUUCUGAAUAUUUUUUACGAAACCAGCUUUUUGUUCCGUCUGUGGUUUCAACUGACGUUUUUCAGAGGGCAAAAGGAUCAAAGAAAAACUCUCUUGUGUAGCAUGACAAACAAAGACUGUAUGUGGUUCCAAGUGCCUGAAUCCGACCAAAUCUUUAUAGCAUUUGCUCUGUAAUCAUUAUUUUGGAAACCUUUUUUUUAAUUCAGGUUAAUUUACAUUUUUAUAUCCAGGGUUGGGGUAUUUGUUUUUACAUCAUUAAAAAAAAUGGAAUGAUA